AUGGGCAUCAUCUUUCGUCGGGUAGCUGUCGAAGCUGGAGCCAGAAGUGCCGACACGACAUUAACAUCCGUGACGACGACCAGAUAUUUCGACGCGUGGCAUCGCGAGGAGGACGACGACGCUCAUCUGCAUCAUCAAGGAAAGCGCAAUUCUGAGGUGUUUGACUUCAACACCCGGGAUGAUGCCAAGAAAUUCCUACUCGUGGAAUCGAGACUACGACCACGACGUUCAUCUGAAAAAAUCGAAGCAGAUGUCGCGAAAAACGAAGCUAUGAGGUUUCGACGUCACUCGGGGGACGACGACCAAGAAUCCGAAUGCGGGAAAAUGUGGUCAAAACGACGUCAUUUGAUGAAGUUCAUGAAGAUGUCGCGAAAACGGGAUUACGAGGUUUCCGACGUGUUCAGCCGGCGGAAUGGCCCAAGAAGAUCUCCAGGACGUCAACGAAGACAACGACAAGUUCUGGACAAAGGAGCCGCCGAUGAUUCAGGUGAAACCGUGUCCGUUGCUGAUGUUGCGCGUCCGAGAUCGAUGUUGAUGCGUGUCCUCGAGCUCAAGCUGCUGAGGCUCAAGCUGACGAGAAGCUACCGAAGCUACCCAAGCUGCUCAAGUCGACUUCGAGGCAAGGACUCCGUUGAUGAUGUGGAUGUCAUCGAGCGCAUGCUACUGCUGCUGCUCAAGCCCGAUGUGAAGCUAUCGAAGCUGACCCAAGUCUAUUUCAAGGUAAAGCCGGCGUCGUCGCUGAUGGGUGUUGCUCAAGCACACGUUGAUGUUGAGCAAGUUGGGCGUGAAGUAGCUGAGGCUGCUGAGGCACGUGAAGUUGCUGAAGCCUAUGAAGCUGUUGAAGCUACCGACUCUGCACAACUCCACACCAAGGUAAGUCAACUUCGCGCAGCCCCAGCCGGUCCUCCUCAAGCCCAAGCUGCCGUUCAACGCCUACCAAGCCUAACCCUUGAUGUCAUACUGAAUUUAAUAAACUAUUAUUACUUGGUCACGCCGACGCCCACGUUUCGACCUCCCCGGAAGCAGCGUCAAGCGCUCACGACGGCAACGAGGAAAUUUGAAAGGUUUUGCUGCCGUGCGGUGAAGGAAGUCGACGACCCCGCCGGCGACUUUGAUCUCUGGGAAAGCUACUUACGGGCUCCACACCGAAUUAGCCCGCUGGCCGAUGCAGAACAACAACUUCGGCAAGCACAACGACUUCCGCAUGUCGAACGUUAUUCAGGUGACAGCCAAAGUGGAGCCGACCUGAACGCCAAUCCGGAGGCGAGAAGCAGAACAACAACUUCUACAAGGGCAGCUAUUUUGAAACGCCAAUACCGAAAAGGUCCCAGUCCCCAAGCGAGCCGCCCAGAACGCCGUUCCAGGCGAAAGCUGCGGAACAACGACCUCGGCAAGGACAAAUCUUUCGAUUCGCCGAUUGAGGAGGUCCCAAUCCAAAAGCGAGCCGAUCGAACGUCGUGCCCGCCGUUUGCGGUAGAACAUCGAUUGCGGCAAGUCGCCGGUAUCAGCGAGGACGGCAAUAAGAUGGAACCCAAGGUAGACAGUUGGAACGCGACAAUUAUCGCCGGUGUUGCGACGUGCAUUUAUGGCGUCAGUAUUUACAUGGCCCGAGUCGUGUUGUUACCUGGAGGCAAGCUGGUCCGGAAACGGCGUGGUUUAAUUGAUAACAUUUUCUUCAAUCUGAUGCUGAGCUCCGGCUACAUCUUUUGCUGCAUUGGAUUUGGCGUCGUCGGGCAAACGCACGGCAAUUGGAUCGAAGGUCUACUCUGCGCAUUAAUAACUUUGAAUACCGAAGCCUGGCCGUCAAAUAACGAUGUUAAUCCGGUGACGAUAUCCAGCGCUUUGUUAAAGACAAGGUCACUGCUGUACUUGUGGCGCCUGCUAGCGGUAGUUUUUGGGACAACCGCAGGAUAUUAUGCUGGAUUCCGAUUCUACGCGCCGAUCCCCCCACCAACGACGUCUAAAGACUAUCCGUGGGCUAUCGGGACGGCCGCUGAGACGGUCAAUGCCAUAUUGCUGCGCACUUUGCCGCAUGUGUCUCAUCUCGUUAUCACGCGAUUGUGUAGCAUUCAGUCAGCAACGUGCUUCACUACAAGGAUAAAUAGCGGGCGUAACCGGCCAAUUGCUUGUGCGGUUACAAUCGUAUGUUCGAUGGGGAUGUCCCUGCUGAAUGUGAUUUUUGUGUCUCGUCAUGUUGGUACCUUGAUUGGGAUGCCGCUUGUCGCCGUUUUAAUGCACGCUGGAUCUCAUUCGAUAGAGACGCUGUUGAUCGCCCACCUGAUCGCGCCUAUGCUGGUGUGCGCUACUUUCGAAUGGUUUCUUUUGCCGGUGAUAGAAACGCAGGGCCGUGCUGAGCAGAUCACCGCA